AAGGUAUUGCUGCAAGUAUUUGUAAGAAGAAACAAAAUUAACCAUAAAUUCUACAAUGCACUGCAGCUGUGAGGAUGAGGCAGAACUGUAUGUUUUUGUAGUGAGCGAGCGUCUGGAUUUUUCAUCGUGAUGUACAGCAGCUAAAGAAGUUAUUGUAAUAUAUACACCCUGCUUUCUACAUAAAGAGCUAUACCCUCCAAACAAUAUUUAUAUUUCAUCUGACUAUUCACAGUGAAAGCCUCAGCCAGUUGUAUCUGUGGAGCAUUUUCUUGAAAAGUUUCAAAGUUCAUUGAACAGGAAAUAAGCACGGUGCGGAAGGAAGGAUGACUUCUCACAACAUGACAUGGAUCAGCUACCCAAGCAAGAACUUGGCUCUCAUCUCCCCAGAACAAAUUGAAGCCUUCAUAGCUUCUCAAAAUAUCAUAUCAAGAUUUAUGCACUGUUACAUCGCCUUUUUUGUACCAACAGGAUUAAUAACUGGCACAUGUAUUUUGAUCAUUUUCAUAAAGAAUUAUUUGCAGUACAAAAUCAUAGAAAACUUAGACUUACUUCUUCUACACUUCACCAUCAGCAAUAUUAUAAUGAUUUUUUUAUCAUUUACUGUCAUUACUAGACCUGACUAUUUACAAGCAACCCAGCUCACAUGUAACGUACUGUCAUUUUUUUUCAACUUCAGUUAUUUCAAUUCUCAGUAUGUUUUGAUUUUGAUGCUUCUCAUACUAUUACUCAAGAGAUUUCCACCAAGGACUGCUCUCAGCAAAGCAACCCAAAGACCCAUGUUAUGUGUUGGAUUCGUACUUACAUAUUCCUUCUGUUUGUCACUGACUGAGGCAGUACUGGUUGGCACAGAUAACUAUCACCUGGAAACAGACUGCCAGUUAGAUCCCUUAUUUGCACGGCCUGAAUAUGAGAUCAUUAAAUUCACCUUUGGAUUUGGAAUCCCAUCAUUUCUUCAGAUACUCUGCAUUGCUGUUCUCUUUGCUAAAGAAGUGCCUGCUGAAGCUCCAGCCUUAAAACUGCACAUUCGUACUUACCCCGCUGUGUACAUUAUAAGCAUAACAAUAUUUAUAUGUCAUCUAUUUUAUAACAUUAUGAUUCUCUUCAGGACAAUAUUCAAAUUACAGAAGAGCACUGGAACUCCAAAGAAUGAGCUUGUGAUGAAUAUUGCAGAAAUAGUGUUGUUCUGUGAGAGCUGUGCUAGUUUGCUAUUUAUACUUUGUUUUCAUAAACCAUGCAAGGAUGAAAUGCGUAAAGUCAUACAGCACUGCCGAAGCGAAAACACUGCCAACAAUCACCUUGAAAUACCAGUAAUAACUACAACCCAUGAAAUUGUAUGCUUUGGAAAAUCUUCUAAUGGGGUCCAGAUUUGUGUUGAGAACUGGUGGAAACCAGCAUGGGCUGCCUAAGACAGAGAAACGCGAGCACUGAUCGAUCAAGAGGAACAUCUUCCACAAAACAACAGCCAAGUGCAUAAAGAGAAGAAAUAAAGGACAUUUGUUCAAUAAUAAUACAGUAUAUAGAUCUAGUAUCUAGAUAUACGGAUCUAGUCUUAGACAUCCAAGUCCUGAAAUUUAUGGACCAUGACUGUAUCACAUGCAAAUAAAGGGUGAAACGUAGUCUCACUAACUAUGACCGUAAGGACCAACAUUUCUGCAAGAUGUAAAAAUCAACUGGUAAGAUAUCUGCAUUGUAUUAUGUCAGCCUGUUUUCCUAUUCAAUUUUGUUCUGCUGCCAGCAUGAACAGAUGGAUAAUUAAAGAACACUACGUAUAAACAGACCAUUAUAGAACCUGGUCAGAAAGGAAGUACGUAGACAAGAAUCAGCUCUUUGAAUACAAGAGCCAAUUUCAUACUUGUGAAAGGAUUUCUCAGCUGGCAUCGGAAGCUUUGUUUUGCACCUGGAAGAGGGAGAUUAAACACCAUGGACUGAAGAUCAGCCCUGCAGAAAGAAAUUUGAAGAGAGGAGUUGUAAGAGCUGUAUGUCAGUGAAGAAGCUGACAGACUGAGUGAAAGAGUAUGUCAGAAGAUGGAAGCUGUUAAUCCCAAUUCAGACAGAGUAUCAUAGUUUCAGCUGUGCCAUGGAUAAGUAGGUUAUUUUCUAGUACAGGAAUUAUGCACGAAGGAUUCUAUUUUAUUCACUGCUUCCAUAUAUUUUACA